GUUGCUGAGCUGCUAAAUCGCUGUUCGUGUCCGGCCCAGUUUCCCAUGCUAAGAGUGGGUGACGGCAAAUACCGUAUCGGUGAAACGCAGCUGCUUAUCUUCGUCAGAAUCUUAAGGAAUCAUGUAAUGGUUCGAGUGGGUGGAGGAUGGGACACCCUGGAACACUACUUAGACAAGCACGACCCCUGCCGUUGUAAAUCAGGUCGUCGCAUCUCCGUGAGCCGAGUGUCUCCGUCCAGUUCGGGAUCUAUACAGGUGCACCUCAACAGUCACAGGCCUCUGUCUGGCACGCCAUCUUCUUCACGUUCCUCCAGCGUUCCAACGUCCCCUCCUUCUCGACGGCGUUCCUUUGACCUAUCAAGAUUAAGCUCCCCCGAUGACCGGACUUCCUCUAGAAGCAGCAGCGAUGACUGGGCCCCUUCCAUGCGAAGAAGCCGCGGAAAGACUGGCCGACCAAGCUCCGCAGAUAGUUCUUCCGAGAUAUCGGAGGCUGAGGCAUGCAGGGGAAAUGCAGACUUUCUCCGACGGCAGCGCCGAUACUCCCCCAGAAAAGUUAUGAAGUUUGGCGAGGGCACCUGCUCUGAAGACGCCGAAGAUUCUUCUCUCGAGCCACCAGCUGUGACAGUCACAAGAAAAAUAUCGCCACCCCGAAGCAGGAUUCCAACUUCCCAAUCGCCAUCCCCGCACCAUAGAUAUCGUGGAGAUGAGGUAAUGGGUCGCCGCUUAUCUGCCAGCCGCUCUGAGACAUCUCUCUUCCAAUCGCCUAUUAACCGGGGUAGUAGGACUCAAUCACAAGGACCAAGAAGGGGUAUGCAAGGGAGCAGGCAACGUUCUUCGUCUACCACACGGACUGCUACUUCUUCUCCCGCCCGGACACCGGAGUGGAACCCUAAACGUAGGACGCUUUCUCUACAAUCCUCUCCGGUGAAGCCGGUACCACCUUUGCUGGAGGAAAUUUUGAACGACUCUGAAGUCCUCGAUUCUGACGAGAAGAUCCUUGAACGUAUGGAAAAACUAAUUAAUGAAUACAGGGCGCGCGAAGCCUCACCCGACUCGUCGCUGGCCGACGACCUUUCAGCGCCCAUUAAGUCUUCUGCUAAAAAUGUAAGAAGGAGCUCGUUAUCCAAAAUUCCUGUCCUUACCUGGCACGUGAGACAGUGAUUUCCAUAGACAAUCCGCCCGUUAAAAGUUUCGCUCUUUUUGCGACCACAAGGCGAAAAACCCUUUACCUCCUCUUUCAUCAUCAUAACAUAUCAGUCGAUUUGCAGUUGUGCCCUAAGUUCAGCAUCAUAAAGAAUUUUAUUGAGUCUAUUGAAAAUGGCACUCUUAUUUACUAAUAUAUAUGCUAUGGUUGCCACGAUUCCAGUGAUAUACGUCAAUAUGAAGGCAAGUGUGACAGAGCCUUUCUUCCAGGUGCUGUAGGCCAGUAGUAUGUAAGCGUAAGCCAAAAUUUUAAAAGGCCUUACAGAAAAAGGUCAAAUGAACCCAUGAUUUCUUGAUAUAGCUAACAUAUCCUUCAUUGUAUUAGAAAUUGGAGAUCAAGCAAGAUAUAUAUGAUGCUGAACUUAAAAGAUACCCUACAAUAGAAGAACAGUUGUUAGAAUAUUUGAAUUUUUUAUUAUAACGUACUUUCUAGUUUUUAAUUGCAUUGCCAAAAAAAGCUCUUUUAAGCAUCAUAGCAGUUUAUCUUAACGGCUGAAAUUUUAAUUAAUACAGACUUUUCAAAGAAGAAACAUUAAAAAAGCAACAUUUCUUCGUUUGUAAGGUUUCGUUUAGUUUUAAUCAUAACCACACUUAACAUUCCUAGCAACAAAUGGGCAGUAUUAGGCGAGUAAGGAAAAAACUAUGCCGUUGUUUUUCUUUUUUAACUAAUUACUUGUUUUCCACGAUAAUCGCGAACAUGAACGCAAAUAAUUCGCAAUCUGAACCUCUGUAUUUACCAGAAUAUAAAUGGGAUGGUCUCUGAAGCAGAGGUGUUUUUUGUUUAUUUCCUUCUUAAGUCAUUAUAUCUUAAUUACAAACACAAAAAUUAUUCGACAGUCAUUAUAUAGAAGAUCACAUAGAAGAUUAAGAUCACAUAGAAGACAUUAGAUAGAAGAUUAUAUAGAAGUCAUUAUAUAGAAGCAUUAUCAUAUCAUACCUCACUAAAUCAAAUAAUAAAAGUGUAUUUUUUUAAACUUGCAGCUGCGUGCUUUUCUACCUGCCGCAUGAGUGAAAUUAUUUUUUGCUGAAUGCCAGUGAAAGUCGGACAAUAUUUUUCAAGUUCGAUCUCUUUUUAUAUUCCUUUCUAAAAUUAUUAUUAAACUUGAUUUCUUAAAUCGAUGCUUCCAAGUCCAAAAUUUUCUUUACUUACACAUUCCUUAAGCGAAAUGUAAUCAAUUGAAUAUAUGAAGUUGGGGCCAAGACCUUGACUAGGUCAAUAUCCCCCCCACCCUUUGUUUAUUCUUUCUCACAUCAUGUGAUAUUUAGAUUAAUUAUAUGCUAUUUUUAUAAAUUUAUACAAAAAAAGAAGUUUUCCUUCUAGAACUGCCACAGCUUCUUGUACCGUUGUAAGAAUGCAUAAUUUGAUAGGUCUGUAGUUUUGAAAAAUCGUACAGAAUUUUAAUUGCAAUAAAAAGAAAAUUUUUUUGAAUUUUCGAUACUUAUGUUAAUCUUACUUUGUUCUUUUGCAAUUUGUCAGACUUUGGUCAUCAAAUUGUUUUACAAUAUAAUAACAUUUCCUUAUAGGUGUUUAAUUCAUUAAAUGAAAAUUUAUGUAUUUCAUAAAGAUGUUCGCCACAUAUUUUAUGCUUCAUAAUUGAUCGAAAGCAAGCGUAAAGCAGCAUUUAUGGUAGUAAAUGCAAAUGCUAUUAAGUUCAAAAAUCUUAUGUGUCACUGACCGAAUUUCGAUGACUUCGAAUUCAUCGAAUGGUGAUUCUCUUAAGACAUUCUGGGAUCAAGUUGUAUUCUUUAUUGAAAUUACUGUUAUGGAUAGGCAAUUUUAAUUUAAAAUAAAUUAAAUAUAAUUUCAUUAUAUCCGCUGCAAGUCUGUUUUUUAAAAUAUAGGAAUCGAAAUAUAUUUUCGAUCCUACCAAAACCUAGCUUAUUGGCAGCCAGCAUCCUAAAUUAAAUCUAACGUUCAUUGAACGCAUAAUGAAAAUCAAAAUGUUUUAUUUUUAAUUUAUCAAAAUUAUUUGCAAAUACUCGACAUUUUUUUUUCAAGAUUAAUGUAUAUCCUAAAAAGAACAGCUACAUUGUACGCUGCUUUUAUACUUAUAAGAGUAUCGGCAUAUUCUUCUUGAUAUCGAAACACAAUUUAAAAGAUCUAGUUAUAAUUUUUAACUGCUAUGCUUCAGAUUUAUUAUAUUUCGCAUUGUUUGUUUCGAAUAUUUGAGAUUUGCCAAUCACUCUUAAAUCUAUAAUAAAUGAAUUCGAAGUUGUAAACAAUUUUUCAUGUAAAAAGCAGUUAAAUUUAAAAUGUUUGUAUAUUCAGUUAGAUAGCUCUUCAUAGUUAAUCUCCGAAAUAGGUAAGUGCUCUCUCACAAUGAUUUUUAAAAAAUUUUGUAUAACCGAUAGAAAGAAAGUCUCCAUAAUAUCUGUGAUGAAUUUAAUACUUAUUUCCGCUUAAAAUUAUACCGAAGUCACUAAACUGAAAAAUACGAAUAGCAUUAAUAUUGCACAGUUUGCUUCCAAGUGAACAGUACACAAAACUUUAAUAUAUCACUGCUUUUAGCUGCUUAGGUUCACGAUAAUUUUUGAAUAUUUUCUUCCGCUUCGCCCCAAAUCGCAAAACGAACGAAACUUUAUAAAGAAAAUGUGAAAGAAACUUUAAACUCAACAGUGUUUUCUGUUGUUGUUUUCUAGUCCUACUGCAUCAUUCUGCAAGAAUCUUCAUGUUUCUGCUUCUGUGUCCAGUAAUUCAACAGCCGUUGAUCCUGCUUUUUAGAUUGGUCCACGUACGCUACCACCUGAACGAAAAUUAUAUCAGGUAGGUUGUGCCACCUCUCGAGUUCAUUGCAAAUGCGCGCAGCAUGCCAAAGAGUAAAGAAAGAUAUUUGUAUCAAGUCACAUUUUCCAAAUUUGAGGUCUUUAAAGACUCUAAUAAAAGUUAUUCUAUAUUUCUGCUGUUA